CAGGUAUAUUUUUUUUCCAAGCAGACAAAAUUUUCGAAACAAAUUUCAGCCAGACAAACACAGUUUUUCCAAAUUUGUGUACUCUCCAAAUUCGGGAAUCAGAACUGCUGCGUGCCUGUGGUUAUUUCAAGGAACAAAAGAAAGAUACCAUUGAACUCCAUGGAUAAAACGCACAAGUCGGACGAGGCCUUUGACCAGUCCGUAUCCAGCAGCAGUCGUCGAGUCGUGUGGAAGCUCAAUGAUGAGGAGGAAACCUUUGACUCCUUGGUCAGCUAUCGCCGCCUUCCCGUCCAGAGCCGCAGUCAGGUCACCGAUGUGCCGGAUAGGAAACGUACGGCUGGCGAGAACUGGCAGCUGCUUCUGCACGACCUGGACAAGAAGAGGGCUGGAGUUCAAGAGCGCGAGGUGGUUAAGAAGACGGUCAACCAAAAGGAGCCGGUGUGGAAAGCCAACCAGUCAUCGGCCACAUCUUUGCCGGAGAUAAAGGAGUCUAGCGCCAAGGAACGAGCCAUCGUCUACUGGCGGCGUCUCUUUGACGGUAUUCAUAAGCGGCAGAAUGGGGCUGAUGUACAGGAAGACGUCGUGCUGACCGCGAAGCCCAGCCUGGCGUUGCGCUACAGGCCAUCCCACGAAUCGCUGAAGUUCAAGCGGAGCAAGAGUACAACCCGGGAGCUGGUUUCCGACCUCAAACUGGAGUCCUUCAGCCUGCCGCCGCAGCAGACGUGCGUGGUGCGUGAGGUGGAGCCUAAGUUUGCCCACCGCAGGCGCAUGACGAUAGCCAACGAAACGGAUUCUUGCUGCUCCGGCGAGCUGGAGGUGCCCAAGAACAGUCCAGUUCAGGAUCAGGAACCAGGAUCCCGGGUGCGCAGUGAGCUGAUCAGUGUCCAUGUCGCGGCACCCACCAGCUCCUCGUUUGUGGAAGCGGUGCGCCGUAGCACAUCUGCUAGGAGUCGCACUGUGGCGAGUAAGGUGUCCGCCGCCGGGACAAGGAGUGGAUCAUCCCCCGAAACGGUGACAGCGGCGGGAGGCAAAAAGUGCUCCAGCACCAGCAGUGCAAGUGCCGGCACCACCCAGCUGCCCACUUUCCGGCAGCGCCAGCAGGAGCUGCAUCGCUAUCGCGUAAUGGUCGAGCGACGGCGUCUCGAUCUCCUGGAGUUAAAGAUAGCUCGCGAACGGGAGGAGGCGCUCCACAGUGAGAUCUUGUUCUACAAGGACCUGCAGAUCAGGGGCAAUGCCAUCAAGGACAACGCAUUCAAGUUAUACGAAGACAACGACUGCUCGAACGUUUAAGACUUUAAAAAUUCAACGGGACUCUGUUUCGGCUCUAAACUCGUAAUGGUUUUCAAUAGUUCGCAAUGGCCCUGGCCGCAGUAGUUCAAAACUCUCACCGAAAAUAAACCAAAAACAUUUCAAUCCAUGAAAUAUUGAGCCUGAUUAGGAUUUUCAAAUUUAUUUUAGCUACUGUUAGCUUAUUGAAAAUAGGAACAGAUAAUAUAAAUACGUAUAAUACUGAA